UUCCAUAGCUUUCGUUUGGCGAAAUAAUAUAUAUGCUUCACAAAUGGCAGUGCGUCUUUGUAUAAGAAAGCCAGGAUCGAGGAAGGAGAGUCACCUGGUUCAUCAUCGGAGCUAGCGAGAGGCUCAUCUUCUCUCAGAACCCAACAUGGAGUCUUUUCUCAUCCUCGUUGCCGAAAAGAUUGCCGUGGCCAUGGCGGGCGAAGCUAUACAGGCAGCUAUGGGCUUCAAUUUAGGAGCCGAAGAAUCGCUGAAGACGGAAGUUAAGGAGACGAUCAGACGGAUCAGAAGCGAGUUCGAGCACAUGCAAAUAUUUUUGAGCUCCGUGGACAUGCAGAAGUAUAACACCACCAUAGAGCCAUGGCUGAAACGAGCGAGGGAGAUAGCAGAUUCCAUGGAAGACGUGAUCGACGAGUACUUGCAUAUUACCGUAGAGCGGUCACAGGGUGGACUCAGAUCCUUUUUUAAUCAAGCUGUGAGAAGUCACAAAAAGAGUAGCGCCUGGAAUCUCAUAGCUAAUCGGCUGAAAGUUAUAGAGACUGGCCUAUCCCAUCUCGAAGCCAUGAAGGAUCGCUAUGACAUCAGGAAGAAUGAGUCCGAAGUAGAUGAUGAUGACGCCGAAGGCGAGAAUGCAAACGGCUUUGUCGGAAGAGUGUUCAAUUCGUCGAGAUCAUACCCUGUCAGCGAAGAAGACGACAAUAUUUACAGAGAACAAAGGAAAAUUUUGUUUCAGCUGCUAACAGAUGAAACGUCUACACGCACGGUGAUAUCGGUUUGGGGCAUGGGUGGUGUAGGUAAGACCACCAUGGUUGACAAAGUUUACGGGAACCAGGAGAUCGAGAAUCGCUUCGACUGCAAAAUCUGGGUCACCGUUUCCAAGUCUUGUCGAAUCGAACAUUCGAUGCGAAGAAUUCUCAAGGAACUGCUGGACGCAGAUCAAUCGGAUCAUGAUGGUUACGGGUCGUCGGACCUUAAUCGUGUACAGGAGGACGUUUGCAGCAUUCUACAGGAGAAGAGGUACUUGCUGAUUCUCGAUGAUGUGUGGAGCGGAGAGUUGUCUUCCUAUGUGCAACGUGCUCUUCCCGAUAACAAUCGUGGAAGCAGAAUAGUGAUCACGACACGGCUAAACGAGGUAGCUUCGACAUCAGAAGAGAGGCACCGGUUGAAGCUUCGGAAAAUUGAAGAUGAAGGCCAAGCGUUCGAUCUCUUCUGUCGAGAGGUAUUUUGGCAUGCCGACGACAGGCGUUGCCCCAAACACUUGGAGACGGUGGGGAGAAAUAUUGUCAGGAAGUGCCAAGGCCUGCCACUGGCCAUCGUGGCCGUAGCCAGACUCAUGUCACUGAAAGGGACGACCGAGGCGGAAUGGCAACGCGUUUACAAAAAGCUCAGCUGGGAGUUCGCUAACAAUCCAAGCUUGGACAACCUGAAGCAUGUUCUGAAUCUGAGCUACGACGAUCUACCGAGUUAUCUGAAGAACUGCUUCUUGUACUGCAGCGUCUUCCCCGACUACAAGAUCAAGAGGAAGAAGUUAAUAAGGCUUUGGAUCGCCGAAAGUUUCGUCCAGGACAGGGAAACACAGACGGUGGAGGAAGUGGCGGAGGAAUUCCUGGAGGAACUCGUCCAUCGGUCCAUGCUUCACGGUGUACAGAGGAAUAGCUUCGGAAGGGUGAGGAGAUGUGGGAUGCACGGAUUGAUGCGUGAAUUGACUCUGCCCACAGCCCGGAAAGAAAAUUUUAGCAUGGUGUGGAAAGAGUCGGAAUCAUCGGGAGGGUUGGGGUGCGAAGCACGUCGGUUGUCGGUGCACGACUACGCCGCCAACAGCGCCUUGUUCCACAUGGAUUUCUCUCGCAUUCGCUCCUUGCUUGUGUUCAAGCAUGAUUCCUCCCUGACCACCUUGCUGAAGACGGUGUCACGUAAUGCUAGAUACUUAAGGGUUGUAGAUCUGGAAAGCGCAGACAUGGACAAGGUUCCUGAUGUGUUCAUGGACCUAAUCAACCUGCACUAUCUGGGGCUAAGGAAGACGAAGGUUAAACGCCUUCCCGACUCCAUCGGAAGGCUCCGCAAUCUGCAGACCUUGGAUCUCCGCUACACUAAAAUAGAGAAGCUGCCCAAGGGGAUAAGCCAGUUGAGGAAGCUGCGAUACCUGCUGGCUCUCAGGUUGAACGACAGAAGCCGUCGAUCUUUCGAAUUCGUCAGCCAUGUCAAGGCUCCGGGCGGCUUAGGCCUGCAGAAUCUUACGAGCUUACAACACCUGGACAUCGCCGCGGACGAGGAGUCGUCGUUGAGGCAACUCGGCUACUUGACCCAACUCAAGGUGCUCAUCGUAUCCAAAGUCAAAGGCGUGCACUGCCCGCUUCUGAGCGCCUCAGUGUCGCACAUGACUUCCCUCUAUAAGUUGAGCAUCACGGCCUACGACGAGAAGGAGGUGCUUCAGUUGCAAGACUUGGGCCACUGCUUCCAAAACCUGCAGAAGCUCCAUGUGCAGGGAACGGUGGUGGGACCGGUGGUGGUUCAGGAGCAACGCUGUGCGGGGAUGCGGAGGGGAAGAGAGGGUGGGGUCGUGGCAGGCGGUGGCCUGCACGUCCAUGACUCCCCAUUGCUGCCUCCCUCCUUCCGUUCCCUGGGAGAAAGGCUUCGGGAGCUGUGCUUGGGCUGA